AUGGCUGAAGCAUCUUUCCUUGAUCAUAUGCGCGAAAUCGUUGGCGACGUUCGUCCAUCAAUUGCAAUCGCAGGACUCGUGGCCAUAUUCGUGGUACUCUGGUCUGUCCUCUCAACAUGGCAACAGUACAACCGCCUGCGCGAAUUUAAAGGCCCUCGCCUAGCAGCACUCUCAAAAUGGUGGUUAAUCAAGAAAGUCGGCGGUGGAAGAGCAUACCUCGACUUUUGGGAGUCACGAAACAAUACGCUUACAAUAUCGACAGGCUCAAUUGCUAGGGUCGGACCCAACGAUCUUCUCACCGACGACCCAGAACUAAUACGUCACAUCCUCAACGUACGAACCGAAUACCGUCUAUCAGAUUGGUAUGACGGCAUGCGCUUCGAUCCUGGUAACAACAACAUUCUCCCAUGGCGCGACGAAGACGAACAUUUCAAGCUGCGCUCUAAAAUGUCAGCUGGCUACCGCGGUCGCGAGGUAGAGCAUCUCGAACCAAAGAUUGACAAGAACAUACUAUCCUUCAUGAAAUUAUUGGGAAAGUACGCAGAUGAGAAAAAGCCAGUUGAUUUUGGUCGGCGCGCGCAGUUUUUCACGUUAGAUGUCAUUUCGGACUUGGCGUUUGGUGAGCCGCUUGGGUUCUUGGAGACGGAUUCUGAUGUGUACAAGUAUAUCCAGAUCACGGAGGAGAUGCUGCCAGCUGUGAUGGUGACAACGAUAAUUCCGUGGCUGGUUAAGGUACUGAGUUCACCGGUUUUUAAAAGUCUUUUGCCGUCGGAGAAGGAUAGGCUUGGGUUUGAAAAGUUGAUGGGAAUUGCGAAACAGGUCACGGCUGAGCGAUUCGGACCAGAUAAAAAGGUUCAGAAAGAUAUGCUUGGGUCUUUUAUUGCUCAUGGCCUUACCCAGAAGGAGGCAGAGUCUGAGAUUCUGUUACAAACUGUCGCGGGCUCAGAUACAACAGCUACAGCCAUUCGCUUAACCAUGCUUCACAUCAUCACCAAUCCUCUCGUACACCCCACCCUCCGCGCCGAAAUCUCAAAAACCCACUUCUCAGAACCCGUAAUCCCCGACGCAAUCGGCCGUGAUCUGCCCUACCUCCAAGCCGUCAUAAAAGAAGGUCUCCGCAUAUUCCCUCCCGUCGCAGGUCUAAUGUCCAAACAAGUCCCCCCCCCCCAAGGCGACACCUGGAAAGGAAAAUUCAUCCCCGACGGUACCAAAAUCGGAUACUGCGCGUGGGGAAUAUUCCGCCGUGAAGAUAUCUGGGGUUCUGAUGCUGGAGAGUUUAGACCCGAGAGAUGGUUGGAGAGUAAGGGUGAGAAGUUGAGGGAGAGGGAGAGUGCGCUGGAGUUGAUCUUUAGUUAUGGACGGUGGCAGUGUUUGGGGAGACCGGUUGCUUUGAUGGAGUUGAACAAGGUCUAUGUUAAGUUUUAUAAUGACUGA